AGGCGUGAGGGGGCGUGGCGUCAUGUGCUCAGAGGCGCGCCUGAACCACCGGCGGCCGAGAAUAGAACUAGUCCGUGUGUCAAGCUGUGAGCGAGCCAAGAUACCAGUGAACCCGGUGCAGCUGAACCUCACCUACUGCCACGUCAGGAGUGCCACGUACACCCGGCCAGUCAACAAGCCCCUCACCCCCCUUGAUGCUGCCGCCCCCAACCUACCCCACCACCACACCACCCGCCGCCCACGCUGGUUGUGGGCCCCCUGGCGCACCCAUUCCCACUCAGGUGCGCCAACUUGCAGCAAGUCUUGUGACGAGCUUCACCGUGUCAGCACUCCCGUGCACCCCACCAGCAGCAGGUCGGAGGGUUGUCUCCUUACACUCCUACUAACUCCCUCUCUUCUGGUCACGCCUCGCACCAGCACUCCACCUCACUGCGGUCCCAAAUACCGACUGUGGCGUGGCUUCAGCCGUAGUGCCAGGGACGUUAGUCUAGGACCUCCGUGCGGCCCUCCCAGAGCAGCAAUCAGUCUGGCCGUCAUGGAAAAGUUAACACCACGGGCAGCCCGGCCUGUUCGCCACAAGGCCAGCACGCUGCCGUACUCUGCUGCUUCUGGACCACAGCCCAUGGGUCGUCGCCACCGUGGCCUGGUGGCCCUCCUACGACGCCUCAGUCCCAGACUGAUGCGAACGCCUUCCCCGGACCGUCCCUGGGUGAAGGUUGAACCACGACCUGCUGACCGAACCUCAGUCGCCUCUGACCACAGCUUCGAAACAGCUUUACAAGUGCGUUAUCCAGAUAUGGUGGCGUAUGGCGGGGGGCAUGUGCAGAGCAAUAACACGCAUAGUUCUACAGACACGGGUAUAAACAAGAGUGAAGGUGGCCGGGGUAGCCGUGGUGGCUUAACUGGUCUUCUGAAUUCUCUGCGCUCUGCCAAGCCUGGACGCCAUGACAAGAGUAGCUCUAACACUGCAGGCAGUGACAAGCAUCGUGAGAAAGAUACUGUCACCAUCACGAGGGAGAGUGACCACCAGUUACAGGAGCGCUACUACAGAGAUCCUGGCACGGAGGCGGAAGAACAACAUAAUGGCCAUAGUACCAGACAUACCCGACUCACCCAGCAGGUCAGUAAUAUGUCCUCCAGCAUCAUGGUUUAAUUUUUUGCCGCCUGAACGGCUUUUAAGUGUAGUCCUACAGCUGGAGUGGUACAGGAAGAACACAGGGAUCACGGACUGGAGUAACUGUUGUAUAGAGUACAGUAUUCUUUACUGUACUUGUACAACAAUUAUAUAAAGUAAUUGUAAAUGCAAAAUUACUAAUAUUUCUUUCUGAUGAUGUAACGGUACUCAGUGUAGUCUGAAGAAGACCCAUUGUGACCUCUGCAAUCCUGUUUGUUUGUGCUGCCACUAACAGGAUGAGCUGCGGAUGCACAAUAAACUGUAAUAAUGUUGGUAGAAUUACCCGACAAAAUCAUGUCAGAAUUAAAAUAUCUGCAUAUAGUUUUUUUAUGCAAAGUAUUGAUUCAGAUGUCUUGUUGUGUGUGUUGUAACACCAGGAUUGUAGGUUCACAGGUCACUAUAUUUCUCGUAAUAGCGAAAAUGAUUUGUGUUGUGCUUGGCGUUGCGUGUUGCGUCUGGCCUAUGAUAUUUUAAGUUAAAGUAGUACUUACCUCGUUAAGUGUAAGUACUACUUUAAGCACCUCCCUCCAGGCACCUACCUUCCCAGGGGCACCACAAAGACCUCCCUCCAGGCACCUACCUUCCCAGGGGCACCACAAAGACCUCCCUCCAGGCACCUACCUUCCCAGGGGCACCACAGAGACGUGAUGUUGCCAUCUACGAUAUCGACAUAUUCUUGACUCCCAAGUACCUGAUGACGUUAGUUCCAAAACCCUGUCGAGUUUUUAACAACUGAAAUUAGAGAGAUGGACAGAUUCAGUGCCUCUCCCACCCUUCAUCCACUCACAUAUGGCACUUGAUAGGCAAUACAAAAUCGGCUUAUACAGACCCUCCUCCUCACCACAGAUGCUUUUAAUGCCAGGACUGGAGUCAC